UACUUCAUCUCUCAAUAGAGAAAACAAGUAACAACCUUAAUUUUUUUUUUACUCUGAAAUUUAUGCACAUGAGCACCUACUCGGAGGGCACCACAUCAGGACCCAUGGAAGAUGAAGAUUUGGAGAACAACAAUGAGAAGACAGCAAUGGUGAGAAAGAAGUCAGAAGUAGUUGUGGCGGUGGCAAGUAAUAAUGGUCGUUCAGAAAUGCUUAGGAAUUUGAUGACCAAUUUGCAAGCGGUGUUUCUUGGUACUAAGCUUGCUGUGCUUUUUCCAGCAGUUCCUUUGGCUGUUGUUGCAACCUUUUAUGGCUUUGGAAGGCCUUGGAUUUUCGCUUUCAGCCUCCUUGGACUGGCUCCUCUAGCUGAACGUGUCAGCUUCCUGACUGAGCAAAUUGCAUAUUAUACUGGUCCAACAGUUGGAGGGCUUCUGAAUGCAACUUGUGGAAAUGCAACUGAGAUGAUCAUAGCAUUAUUAGCACUUCAUCAGAACAAAGUAAAUGUUGUGAAGUUGUCCUUGCUUGGUUCCAUUCUCUCAAACCUUCUCUUGGUCCUUGGAAGCUCACUCCUCUGUGGUGGUUUAGCCAAUCUCAAGAGAGAGCAAAGAUAUGACAGAAAACAGGCUGAUGUAAACUCACUGGUUCUGUUGCUGGGGCUGCUGUGCCAUUUGCUGCCAUUGCUGUUCAGAUACUCCUUAGGUGGGGCCCAUCAUUCCAUAGCCACUAACACUCUUCAGUUGUCCAGAGCAAGCAGUGUUGUUAUGCUUCUAGCAUACCUUGCUUACAUCUUCUUCCAGUUAAAAACUCACAGAAAAUUGUUUGAUGCACAAGAGGAGGAGGAAGAUGAAGAGAAGGCAGUGAUAGGAUUUUGGAGUGCAUUUACGUGGUUGGUGGGUAUGACAUUGGUCAUAUCUUUGCUUUCUGAAUAUGUAGUAGGAACAAUCGAGGCUGCUUCAGAUUCUUGGGGAAUUUCUGUAAGCUUCAUUAGCAUAAUUUUGCUACCAAUUGUUGGGAAUGCUGCAGAACAUGCUGGGUCAAUCAUAUUUGCUUACAAGAACAAGUUGGACAUAUCUUUGGGGGUGGCUAUGGGAUCUGCAACUCAAAUUUCUAUGUUUGUGGUUCCAUUAAGUGUGGUUGUUGCAUGGAUAAUGGGUAUAAGAAUGGAUUUAGACUUCAGUCUUCUUGAAACUGGAUGUCUUGCUUUUACAAUUAUAAUUACAGCCUUCACUUUACAGGAUGGAACUUCCCAUUACAUGAAAGGAGUGGUUCUUACUCUGUGUUACAUUGUCAUUGCUGCAUGUUUCUUUGUUCUCAAAACUCCUCUAACUGACCAAAAUUCUAUGGGGAACUGUGGAGCUAAACCAUCGUUUGAAGCCAUCAACACUUGAAUGAUUUUGCUUGCCCUUCUAGGAUUAAAAAUUUCAUCCUUUGGAUAAAACUAAACUUUGUUUCAGGGAUCAAUUGCAAAGCUGGAUAUUUUUAUUCAUUGUGAGACUUUGACUA